AUGAAUAUUACAUGCCUUAAAACCCUCGCAUUGAAUAUUCUUAAAAAUGGUUCUCCUGAAACUAUUGCAAGUGGUGUUAAAGUUCCUGAACUAGAUUCGUGUUCUAUAUGCAAUGAAGAAAUUUUUUUGCACAUACUUAAAAAGUUAUUCACUGUAUUAACAUGUGGCCAUACUGUGCACCGUCUUUGUCUUGAGAACCUUAGAGAAACUAUAUUUACAUGUCCUGUCAAUAAUUGUAGUGCGAAAAUCGAAAUCAUUGAAAAGUCACCACUAAUGCGGGCUCUAUCACAAAGGAGUAUGAGCAUAGAUGAAGGAUUACAAGAUUCAUUAAUAUUUGGUAAAAAUUCUUUAGUGAAUCUAGAUACAAUUGUAGAAGAGAACUCUGAAUCUGGCAUACCUGACUCUACUACAAGUAAUUUACCAUAUAAGCAUGUUGGUGAACCAACAGAUAAAAUAUCAAUUCUAUCAGAACGGCUUGAACAUCACAAGAAAUCUAAUCCUCCAUAUGCUUCUUUGUUGUUAGUUAAUAAAGUUAAAGAACAAAUUCCCAAUAUUAUGGAUACUACAUUGUGGAAAAAAAUAGAAAGAUCACGAAAAAUUUAUAAGCUCUUUCUUAAUAUCAAAGAGGAUAAGAUUCAAAGAGUUAGAUCUUUCAGUGCGUUGACCAUUUCAAAAUUAAGAAAAGAGGAUAUUGAUAGUAUUAUACUUACCAUUUUGAAACAAAAAAACCAAUCUACUGCGCCAGUCACGUGA